GUUCUCUUCAAUCAAAUAUUUUAAGUUUGUAAUACACUAAAUUCAUUUCGCUUUCAACUAUAAAAAUUAAGGUAGAAAUCCAUAUCCUCAUCAGAUCGUGUUUCCGAUGUUGAAAACGAAAAUAUGGCUUUGAAGGAAUACGUUUCUGCUUUCAUAAACACUUUGCUGGUUACUUUGAGGAAUUUACUGCAGAAUCUGCAUGACUUCAUCCGAAAGUACAAUCCUUUCCCUGAAUCAGAAACACUGGAAAAGGAGGCAGUUUUACAGUCAUGUUCCUUAUAUUCUGGAUCUGGCAUCAGUUACAUCAACCUAGUUAUUUUGCUUGCAAUGUUUGCCAUUUCAACAGCUUUAGCAGCUCACAAAUGGAAGCACUGGAGAGAAUUGUUUGAUUCAUUUGCUGUUGGGUCCAUCAUUUAUACAAUGUUUUCUUUAAAGAAAUACAUUUUUGCAGCCAUAGAUUCAAUUAUCUCAAGCAUCCAG